GCUUAACUACCAUCCUACCAUCUAAGGCCUGGAGACACCAGUAUGAUCUUGUGAUUGGCGCCGUACUUCAAUCGUACAAAGUCAUCAUAUACCUUGUCGUAGAGACGGACCUAACAGGACUUAUUGAGAUUAACAGCAAGAAGAAUCCAAACAAUUUAUUGUGCACGUAUAUAAAAGGUAAUGAUUAGAUUCAUUUAAUACACGACGCUUAAUUAGCACGUAUGAAAUUCAUUUGAAAUAUUGCAGAGUAAAAACGUUCAAAAUUCCACCCCCCCCCCCCCCCCCCCCCCCAUUAAAAUUUUCAGAGUAAAAAAGUUCAAAACUCCCCCCCCCCACCCCCCCCCCCCCCAAAAGGAACAUUUCAGUAAACAGAUAAAUUUACACUUUAAUUUAUAUAGAAGCAGUGAACAUUUUUACACAGGUAAAAAAAACAGUCAACAAAUUUGUACUCUGCUAUUUAUUUCUAUAACAGAAUUUUUUAUAUUUUUUAUCUCCUUACCUCUAUAACUGUAUUAAAUGUCUGGUGUAUCUAGUUUCGUCAUAACACUGAAAGCUUUUUGGUAGUAUCAGUGAACAAGAUGCUACAGAGCCCUUUUCUUUUUUAAGAAUAGUGUUUUUAUAAAUGCGCUCAAACAAGUAAAACUAUAAUUAUAAGAUAAAUCUGAUUGGGUAAUGACAACGGCACAAUGAUAUUUAAUUGGCUCAAAGCAGUAUGCGUUUUUUGUUACAUCAAAUUAAAAUGAAUUUUCAACAUUUAGAUCCAAUAUAACCUUGCGAAGUCUUCGGCCAAUAUCAGAUCGAAUAUAACCUUUCGAUGUCUUCGGCCAAUAUCAGAUCGAAUAUAACCUUUCGAUGUCUUCGGCCAAUAUCAGAUCGAAUAUAACCUUUCGAUGUCUUCGGCCAAUAUCAGAUCGAAUAUAACCUUUCGAUGUCUUCGGCCAAUAUCAGAUCGAAUAUAACCUUUCGAUGUCUUCGGCCAAUAUCAGAUCUAAUAUCUGAAAGUAUUUUGUUUAAAAUAAUCCUUUACUCACUUGUACGUCUUAUUUAUAUACUGGGUACAUUUUGUAUGCGUUAAUUUUGUGUUAUAUUCAUAUUAUCUCAACUGUGUUGCUUGAUCUGUUGCUGAAGAAGGCUUUCUGCCAAUACUGUGUUGUUUUUUCUUCGCAAAUUAGAUAUAAACUGUGCUUUAUGAUAUUUGCGCACCUAAAGCUUGAUGGCAGUCUUCCGCCUCUAAUGAUGGAUAGAAUUUGAUGACUCAGUGAAGCACAUAAAUAAACAGCAAUCAACAAACUGCUUUCUUAUAAUUUUUGUUCAGAACAAAACACUUAUUUUAAAAUUUUAAUAGACACUUAUUGUUUUUGUCUCUUUAAUGGGCUUAUCAUGGCCGACAUGGAUUUUAUAUAUAUAUAUAUAUAUAUAUAUAUAUAUAAAAAAAACAACGCUGUGACAACUCUUUAGGGACGUACUACUCCGGCUGUCACUACCCGAUCGACUCAACCACACAAAGCUACCAUCAAAUUGGGCUAGGCAACAACCAAAACAAGUUUGGCGCCUACAUGCACGCGACCAACACACGUUCAUCAAUGUGUCAUCCACUGGGCGUCUCUGACAUGCUUAAACCAUCUACAGUAUGUGUUUUUGUUUUUUUAAAAGAUUAGAGUAAUUGAUUUCAAUGUACCACUUUAUUCAUUCUUGUAAAACUUGAUUUAAAAAUGCGAGGUUUGUAUUGUAUAAAAACUAUAUUCAACUUAAACCAAGCUGAUCUAUUUGUGACGGAGAGCACGUUUACAGUGGGAUUUUAUAAUGCAGAAAGCGAUUAUUUAAUCUAAUUUCAAGUUUAUGUUGAAAGAUGUCCCAGAAAUAAGUUUGACCCUAAACAAAGUCAGUUACUUAAAUUUUGAUUUGCUAACACUCAAAUAUCCCCCCCCCCCCAACUUAUUUUUUUCAAAAUUAGUCAUGACAAUUUUUGUUAUCAAGGAAACUACGUCAUUUCCUAAUGUAUAAAUCACUGUGUUCUUUUUUUUCCUAGGAUGCCAACUCAAGUGACCUUCAUGCCUAUUUAAAAAGACUUACUGGGGAGGAAGAUCCAAGGGCGCAGACAACGUUUGGCACAGAUGUCACCACAUCUCAAACCGUCAUCACAGACAAGCAAAGAACUGAUGAGGAACAUAAUGCAACAAAUGAGCACACGAUUAAUUUGACACAGACUGGCGAAUUUUCCACCCAGGUGAUGUCUGGCUCUUCAACGGAUGUGGGCGACACCACAAAAACAUAUAAUCCUUACGUGUCUACCGAUGAUUCGGCCAACCUGACAUCAACACUAUCACAGUUGGAGACCAUGGAGCAAAUAAAUUGACACGAGAAUCGUGGCAAAGAAAGCCCGAUUGACACGAGAAUCGUGGCAAAGAAAGCCCGAUUGACUCGAGAAUCGUGACAAAGAGAGCCCGAUUGACACGAGAAUCGUGGCAAAGAGAGCCCGAUUGACACGAGAAUCGUGGCAAAGAGAGCCCGAUUGACACGAGAAUCGUGGCAAAGAAAGCCCGAUUGACACGAUAAUCGUGGCAAAGAAAGCCCGAUUGACACGAGAAUGGUGGCAAAGAAAGCCCGAUUGACACGAGAAUCGUGGCAAAGAGAGCCCGAUUGACACGAGAAUCGUGGCCAUGGGAUGCAAUAUGUGUGUACUCCCACGGGGAUAAACCUUGAGCUGCUCCUUGUAUCUGGUAUAUGUAUACGACCUAUACUGAAAAAAAAUUGCGCAAAAUGUUCGCAGAUGAACUAGUAAUCUGCAGCUCUGGCAAGCACGUUCAGCAACUGAUGAGCCAGCUUCAAGAAAGUCUGAAACUUAUACUGAAAAGUGGGAAAGGUGGUAAAUGCAGAGAAGACUGUGUACUCACUGUUUACUAAAGUUAGGAAUGCCAUCAAAAAGG